AUGUCGUCUGCAACUGCAACCUGCGAGAACUUCGCUGUCCAAACUCAUCCAGUCAAGGCUCCAGAUGAGGAAUAUUUCUUCGAAGGAGCUGAGAAACUUCUAGAACUUUGGUUCUGCUCCAGUAAGAUAGGCCCAGAAGGUGCUGGAUCACUCAGAUCUAUUCCAAGGGAUCAGAUUGAUGCUAUGCUUGAUAUUGCUCGAUGCAAAAUCUUGCAUUCAAAGCACAAUGAAUCCAUCGAUUCCUAUGUUCUGAGUGAGUCAUCUCUCUUCAUUUCGGACAAUCGAGUGAUUCUGAAGACAUGUGGAACCACUCGUCUUCUGGCUGCUCUCCCAGUUAUCAUGCAAUUGGCUGGCACUUAUGCUGGAUUGGAUCAAGUUCAAUCGGUUUACUACUCCAGAAAGAACUUUUUGAGACCGGACCUUCAACCGAAUCUUCACAAAAAUUUCGACGCUGAAGUGGAGUAUCUGGAUUCUUUCUUCGAAGAUGGUCACGCCUACUGUCUUGGAUCGUUGAAACAGGACAGAUGGUAUCUCUAUACUUUCCAUCGUGAGGUUGAAUUCCCAGCCCAUAAGCAGCCAGAUCACACUUUGGAGAUCUUGAUGAGCGACUUGGAUGAGGAGGUUUUGCACAAAUUCACGAAGGACUUUGCGGUUGACGGCAAUGAUUGUUUCAUGCGAGCCGGAAUCGACAAGAUCAUUCCUGCAGGUGCAGACGUUCAUGAUGAACUUUUCGAUCCAUGCGGCUACAGUAUGAAUGCAUAUAUGAAUGACACUGAUCAAUAUGCAACAAUCCACGUCACACCGGAAAAGGAAUUCAGUUUCGCAUCAUUCGAAACUAAUCAAGAUCUGGUCUGUCUGUAUUCGCAGACACGAAAGGUUUUGCAAUGCUUCAGACCCAAUAAGAUCUUGAUGACUGUUUUUGCCAACGACAUUUCGAUCAAGGGAAAAGAUGCCCAACAACAACUUUGGGAUCGUGAAUUGCCAGGUUACAGACGAACAAAUGUUCAGUUUGUGAGACUUGAAACGGAAACACUGGUCUACGCACAUUUCGUGCGAAAGGCCCCACAAGAUUCAACAUCAUCGAGCGACGAGGACGACGGCGAGCGCUCCGAUUAA